AUGGAGCUGUACGGCAUCUACUUCGCAGCAUUAGUGUGCUUCAACAUCGCCUUGGCCGCACAUCGCCACCAGACCGACAAACAUGCUCCGCUGCAAGAGACGCUCGCUCUACCAUCCAGUGAUAGCAAGGGCGCGGCAUCGAAGUUCAAAAGAGAGUACUUUGGCUUGUAUGCUUUGGUGAUGGCCGCAGAUUGGCUGCAGGGUCCAUACAUGUACACCCUUUACAAGCAUGAAAAGGGUGUACCGGAAUCCACAGUCGCCUCUUUGUUCACUGUCGGCUUCGUAACAGCAGGCAUAACAGCGUCGUUCGUUGGAUCGUUGGCGGAUCAGUACGGGCGGCGAAACGGCUGCCUCGCCUUCUGCGUCACCUACGGCCUCUCCUGCUUGUCGGUCUUGAGUGACGACAUCUUCGUCCUCUUCGUCGGCCGAGCGUUGGGUGGCUUGAGCACGACUUUGCUGUAUUCUGUGUUCGAGGCAUGGAUGAUCGCAGAGUACCACAAGCGAGAAUUGAGCGGGUGUCUCAGCCUGGGGAGCAUGUUCAGCACUUCGGUGACGUUGAGCAGCAUCGUUGCCAUCCUGUCGGGAGUCAUCGGCGAGGCGGUUGUCGGAUACACAGGCACCAAGACGAGUCCAUUCAUGGCUGCUUUUGCUUGCCUGGCUGCGGCUUUCGUCGGCAUCCAACGAUUCUGGAGUGAGAACUAUGGCGACGAGGCGACCAAAAAGCAGCAAACCGAAGGCGGUAUAGGCACGCUGCUGUCUGAUCGUCGAAUACUGGCACUGACUACCACGACGACAUUCUUCGAGGGCUCGAUGUACCUCUUCGUCUUCUUCUGGUCGCCGACGCUCAUUUCGGCCCAUUCGAUGGCCAAUGCAGAGACACCGCUGCCAUUCGGAUUGAUAUUCAGCUGCUUCAUGUGUGCCAUCAUGCUUGGAAGCAUGAUCUUCAGCACUGUCAAACCAGAGAACGCCCGGGAUGCCGGACACCUCACGCUCAGCAUAUUGGCCCUGGCGUCGUGGGGCCUCCUCAUACCGGUACUGCAGCGAUCCGAAGGCGCAACCUUCUGGUCAUUCGCCCUGUUCGAAAUGUGCGUGGGUCUGUACUUUCCGAGCAUGAGUCGUCUGAAGUCGGAAGUGGUUGAAGACGCAGUGAGGGCAAAGGUGUACGGGUUCAUGCGGCUGCCGCUGAAUGUGUUCAUCGCGGUUGCUUUGGGCGUCACUCAAGAUGGAGACGAGCAUCGUCGGAGAGUGUUUACGACAGCUGGCUCUCUGCUGCUGGUAGCAUUUGGCGUGGUCAGACGAUACCUCUAG